AAAUAUCGAAAUGUCAGAUCUAUAAAGUUGCUUAACUGUUUACACGGCCCAUUUGAAAUGCACAAUAUUCAAGGUUAAUUUUUCCAGAAUUUCAUGGUAUCAACUUCUAUAUGUGGCGAAAAAGUAGCCGAAAAUAUAGUGAUCAUGCUAACUCUUCUGCUCAAGUGUCAAACUGAUUAGUACUCAUUUCAUGGUGGGGGCAGAGGACCUAGCAACCAAAUAAUAAUGAGAUCUUCUUUCAUGUAACUGGACUGUGGACAUACAUACUUGUUUCAGUUCUGUCCUUGUGAAAGUUUGAUAAGAAGUGGAAUGCAUUUGGAGGGUUGAUUGUUGAUAGCUGAAACCUUUGUUAAUUGAAAAUUUUUAAGCACUACUGUUUCUGUUUUCGGGAUAAUGAGUCUGGAAUUGAAGAGAGGAAGGCAGGAGAAGGGCUCCAAUGCUGCGUCGAAGGUUAUUGUAGCUGUGAAGGCAUUGAAGGAAGUACCCAGGACGGCACUUAUCUGGGCUUUGACUCAUGUUGUUCAACCUGGGGACUGCAUCACACUGCUUGUAAUUGUCCCUUCACAAAGUUCAGGAAGAAAAUGGAGUUUCCCAAGGUUUACGGGGGAUUGUGCCAGUGGCCAUCGAAGAUCUCACUUGGGAACAAGUUCAGAACAAAAGAUUGAUAUCACAGAUUCCUGCUCUCAAAUGAUCUUACAACUACAUGAUGUUUAUGAUCCUAAUAAGAUAAAUGUGAAAAUAAAACUUGUUCCUGGAUCUCCAUGUGGGUCAGUAGCUGCAGAAGCAAAAAAAAUUCAGGCUAGCUGGGUUGUACUGGACAAACAUCUCAAACAUGAAAAGAAACGGUGCAUGGAAGAGCUACAGUGCAACAUUUUGGUCAUGAAGAAAUCACAACCAAAAGUUCUUCGUCUAAAUUUAGUUGGAGCACCUAAAAAAGAGCCAGAAGAUGGUUGUCAGUUACCACAUGAGUUGGAUCAAUCGUCUGAGAAGCAACUGGAAAAAAAUGAUUCUCUAGAUUCAAUUCAAGGACCCCAGGUUACUCCGACCAGUAGUCCUGAGGUUUUUACCGCCACUGAAGCUGGAACUUCAUCUGUUUCAAGCUCUGAUCCAAGUACUUCACCAUUUUUUAUUUCCGAGUUAAAUAAAGGCCUAAAGAAGGAGAAGUUGUUAGCUGAAAAAUAUAAUGGUGGUCUUGAUGAAUCAAGCUCAGACUCAGAUAGCGAAAUUAUGUCGGCUUCCUCAAGUAUGAGGUUCCAACCAUGGAUGCUAGACAUAGGCAAUUCUCAACGACUUUCAUCCCCACACAGGGAAGAAAGUUCACAGGGGUCUAAAUACCGCAUCCAAACUAGUACCAUGAAGGCCUUGCACGAGAAGUUCUCUAAUCUUGAUCGAGAAACUGGAUAUGCAGCUGGAAGCCUUAGACCUGAUAUGGAAUUCAGUGGAAAUGUUAGAGAAGCAAUUUCUUUAUCCAGGAAUGCUCCUCUUGGCCCACCUCCAUUAUGUUCGAUAUGUCAGCACAAGACACCUGCAUUUGGGAAGCCACCAAGAUGGUUCACCUUUGCUGAACUGGAGCUUGCUACUGGAGGUUUUUCUCAAGCAAAUUUCUUGGCUGAAGGGGGCUAUGGGUCGGUUCACAGAGGAGUUCUUCCUGAUGGCCAGGCAGUUGCUGUCAAGCAACACAAACUGGCUAGUUCUCAAGGGGAUCGAGAAUUUUGCUCUGAAGUGGAAGUUCUUAGCUGUGCCCAACACCGGAAUGUUGUAAUGUUGAUUGGAUUUUGUAUCGAGGACGGUCGAAGGCUUCUUGUAUAUGAAUAUAUAUGUAAUGGAUCAUUGGAUUCACAUCUCUAUGGACGUCAUCGAGAUACACUACAGUGGUCAGCACGACAUAAGAUUGCCUUGGGAGCUGCUCGAGGAUUGCGAUAUCUGCAUGAAGAAUGCAGGGUCGGUUGUAUUGUACACCGUGACAUGCGGCCUAACAACAUUCUGAUCACCCAUGACUUUGAACCACUGGUCGGAGAUUUUGGCCUAGCAAGGUGGCAGCCAGACGGCGACACUGGAGUUGAUACCAGAGUUAUUGGUACAUUUGGAUAUUUGGCUCCAGAAUACGCUCAAAGUGGCCAGAUUACAGAAAAGGCUGAUGUUUAUUCGUUAGGGGUGGUGCUAGUUGAGCUUGUUACCGGAAGAAAAGCAGUGGAUCUUAAUCGACCAAAGGGUCAGCAGUGCCUCACAGAAUGGGCGCGCCCACUUCUGGAGGAAUAUGCCAUUGAUGAGUUGGUGGAUCCACGGUUAAUGGACAAUUAUUCAGAACAGGAGGUCUUUUGCAUGUUGCAAGCUGCGUCCUUGUGCAUCAGUCGAGAUCCACAGCUUAGGCCACGCAUGUCUCAGGUGAUUCGGAUUCUGGAGGGAGAUACAAUCUUGGACUCGAGUCACAUGUCCACACCUGGACACGAUGUGCACAGUCGGAGUGGAAGGAUCUACCCCAUUCAGCAGCAGCAGCAGCAGCAACAUUAACUUUUUAGUACUACAUUGUCGAAAGUGGCACUGGAAGGAUCAAGGGCUCACUAUCGACACCACAACGUUGCCUGCUUUCUCGGAAAGGGAUAGAGGUAGAAGGGCAUCACUUAGUCAUGAAUUGCAGAGAGAUUAUAUCAAGUGAAGAGUUUAUUUUUGGGUAAUAUAGUUUUGUCCUUGUAUAUAUGGGGGAGAAAGAUUUUGUUGGUAUUUUGUAACUUAAGUAACCAAAAAAAGCUACUACAGCCUUAGAUUAUUAUAGUUAUAAUAAUCUAAGUCCCUUAUGUAUUUGUAUCAGCGAGUGAAAAUCUCUCACUAGCUAGAAAACCAACAAUUUAACCACUGUAUACGCAUUUUCAGUGCUGCUAUUAGCUUUAACCAUACUGGCCUUGUUUAA